AUGUCCAAGCUUUUAUCCAUGGUUUCUAUGAUCCUUUUACACGGGUUGCUAAACCGCGUAUAUGCAUGCGAAGGUGACUGUAUCGUCGGCAUCACCAACGCGUUUCUCGGAAAUUAUACGCGUCCAAUGAACAUCGCCCUUGUAAAUCUUGCCGAUUCCAUUGUCUCAAACGUCAUCCAGAAUAAGAACUCUCCCGUAGCGCCUUUAUCCUAUCUUAAUCCCGUCAUCGCCGAAUACAAUCGGCGAGCAUACGACUAUAUGGAAACCGCCAUUUUCAAGGACUACUUCCAUGGAAAAUGCGAGGACCCAGAUACAGGCAUCGACCCUCCGGGUUGCCCCAAGCCGGAUUGCGACGUUGUCUGCGGGACUCCGGGAUCAAUGGUUCACUUCUACAGCAAACUGCGCUAUCUGGCGUUCGACGCCAACAUCGACUUGUUUAAUGAUAUAGUUGCCCCAGGUUCUGAUGCUUAUAAAAAGGUUGAAAAUACUGUACUUGCUGCAGUGGAGGCAUCGCGUUCUGGGUCCAACAAGCAGAGGCGACUCCUUCGAUUUAUGCGUCGGACCGACAGCAUCGUUGCUACUGGCUCUGGCAGUCUAGAUUCCAGAUCUAACGAUAAUUCAAAGGAGAAACGCAGCGAUCAAACUAAAUCUGAGCUUCGGUCCUUGUUAAAUCAAUUCCGACUGCUAUUGACUGUAGCAUGCGGCGGAGGUCAAGAUGGAAAAACUAACGGAAUUCCUUUCUGCACUUGGGAAGAUACCUUCAAGCCUUACAUUCUGUCUUUUCCUUGA